GGUAUAAAAGCAGCAAUCUUCUCAUAAUUCCAAAAUCCAAACAGAGCUGAAGAGAUUUUCAAAAAAAACUAAAUUGUGUGAAAUUCUAGAAUCAUCUUCUCUGUGAUUAGUAGAAGAAGAAAAAUGGCGGAUCAGCUGACGGAUGACCAGAUCUCUGAGUUCAAAGAGGCUUUCAGUUUGUUCGACAAGGACGGAGAUGGUUGCAUCACGACUAAGGAGCUUGGGACUGUGAUGAGGUCGUUGGGACAGAACCCUACUGAAGCUGAGCUCCAGGACAUGAUAAACGAGGUGGAUGCAGAUGGUAAUGGAACCAUCGACUUCCCAGAGUUUCUAAACCUUAUGGCCAGGAAGAUGAAGGAUACUGACUCUGAGGAGGAGUUGAAAGAGGCAUUCAGAGUUUUCGACAAGGAUCAAAAUGGCUUCAUCUCCGCUGCUGAGCUUCGUCAUGUGAUGACUAACCUUGGAGAGAAGCUUACUGAUGAAGAAGUCGAUGAGAUGAUUAGGGAAGCUGAUGUUGAUGGUGAUGGACAAAUCAACUAUGAGGAGUUUGUUAAGGUCAUGAUGGCCAAGUAAUUCCAUUAUCCUCUUGUUACAUUUGAAGUUUAGACUUGUCAAAAAUGUGAAAAAAUCCAAAAAUAAUUCAUUGGGUAGGCUCUUGUCUAGUAUAAUGUUAGUCUUACCAUCUCGAUGUAUUGAACCUUCAUUGAAUGUAAUGUUUUAUUGUAUGAGUGGUGUGAUCUCUACUUAUUUUCUUUAAGUUUGUGUACUUUCUUUGAUCCU